UGUAUGGGGUUCACCCCUCACUCCACCAGCCCCGCCUCCCACAGGAUUCGGUUCGCUCGCGCUCCUUCUCUUCACUCUUUCGGUGUCGGUGAGAGUAAUGGCGGAAGGUGGCGUCCCGGAUCUGGAGAGCCAGAAGAACGAGAUCGGGAACUUGUUGAAUACCUCCCUCAAGAAAGGGGAUUCGUGGUUCCUAAUAGACAGUAGGUGGUUUAAACAAUGGAAAAAAUAUGUGGGUUUCGACAGCUGGGACAUGUACAACGUGGGAGAACAUGGAAUGUUUCCAGGCCCCAUUGAUAAUUCUGGGCUCUUUGCAGAUAUAGAAACACAGGCCCUGAAAGAACACUUGAUUGAUGAGUUGGAUUAUGUCUUGGUUCCCACUGAAGCUUGGAACAAGUUGGUCAGUUGGUAUGGUUGCGUUGUAGGUCAGGAACCCAUUGUACGAAAGGUGGUUGAGCAUGGGAUGUUUGUAAAACACUGUAAAGUAGAGGUUUACCUCUUAGAAUUGAAAUUGUGUGAGAACAGCAACAUGGACAAUGUGGUGACACGCCAUUUCAGCAAAGCAGAUACCAUAGAUACAAUAGAAAAGGAGAUGCGAAAACUGUUCAAUAUUUCAGCAGAAAAGGAGACAAGGUUGUGGAAUAGAUACAUGACAAAUACUUAUGAGCAGCUUAACAAACCAGAUAGCACUGUACAAGAUGCUGGUUUGUAUCAAGGACAGGUUUUAGUAAUAGAACAGAAGAAUGCUGAUGGAACUUGGCCAAGGCAGACAUCUCAAGCAAAGUCAAGCGGUUAUGGAUCUUCGCACAACAGUUCUUAUUAUUAUAGGGAAUCUCAUGCACCAAGCCAAGCAGGACUUUGUGGCCUAAGUAAUCUUGGUAAUACCUGCUUCAUGAAUUCAGCGUUGCAGUGUUUGAGUAAUACUGGUCCAUUGACUGAUUAUUUCCUACAAGGAAAGUACGAAGAAGAACUAAAUCGGGAAAAUCCUUUAGGAAUGAGGGGAGAAAUUGCUGAAGCCUAUGCCGAAUUGAUCAAACAGAUGUGGUCAGGGAGAAGCUCUUAUGUGGCACCUCGGAUGUUUAAAACCCAGGUUGGGUGUUUUGCUCCCCAGUUUUCAGGAUACCAACAACAGGAUUCUCAAGAGCUACUUGCAUUUCUUUUAGAUGGCUUACAUGAAGAUUUAAAUCGUGUGAAGAAAAAACCCUACUUAGAACUUAAAGAUGCUAAUGGGAGGGAAGAUGAGGUUGUGGCUAAAGAAGCAUGGGAAAAUCACAGGUUAAGAAACAACUCCAUCAUUGUGGACAUCUUCCACGGGCUUUUUAAAUCCACUCUAGUUUGUCCUGAAUGUUCAAAAAUUUCUGUAACGUUUGACCCUUUCUGUUACUUGACUCUUCCUCUACCUAUGAAGAAGGACCGCACAAUGGAAAUCUUUCUUGUGCGGGCAGACUCAUCUAGGCCAAUGCAGUACAGAAUAAUUGUUCCAAAGAUGGGUGCAAUUUCUGACCUGUGUAUAGCCCUCUCUCAAAUCUCAGGCGUUGCUGCAGAAAAGAUGGUGGUCGCUGAUGUUUAUAAUCACCGGUUCCACAAAACAUAUCGACAAGAUGAAGCUUUAAACCACAUUAUGGACAGGGAUGAUAUUUUUGUUUAUGAGGUUCUAGGUGUGAGAGAGGAAGACUCUGAAAAUUCAAAAUGCAUCAGCCUCCCAAUUUAUUUCCGUGAGAGAAGGAUGCGAUCCUCAAGUGCACCUGUUGGCACAGUUCUCUUUGGUCAACCUCUCUUAGUCUCUGUUCCCAGAGAUAAUGUUACAGUGGACAACCUGUAUGAACUAGUCCUUGCACGAAUUUCCCGUUACGUGAAAGUGUGCAAGGAAACCUAUGAAAACUACAGCUCUGGAUCUCUGAGCAUUGACAAUGGCCUGUCUAGUGAGCCAAAUGGUAUUAAUGAUGAAGGUGAGGAGGAGAUGGAUCUGCAAACUGCAGUGGGAGAUAAUGAGGAAAAUAGUUCUGAACCUGAAAACAGCCAGUCUGAUGGCUCUGCAGCUGAUGAAAAUGAUAAGAUGGAAAAUGGGCCAACCAAGCGCACUACCAAAGGAAAUAAACAGAAGUGUAAAAAGAAGCUAUUCAACUUCAGCAUGGUGAAUGCCUAUGGCACCUCAGAUUUCAGCUCCGUUGCAGAAGAUGGGACAUAUCUCAAGUUAAACUCACAUUCCACAAUUGCUAUAGACUGGGAUCCUGAAAUCAAAAAGAUGUAUUAUGAUGAUCAAGAAGCUGAGGCAUACGAAAAGCAUGAAUCCAUGUCACAGCCUCAAAAGAAAAGAAGUUCAGUUGCAUUAAGAGAGUGUAUAGACUUGUUUACAACAAUGGAGACUUUGGGAGAGCAUGAUCUUUGGUACUGCCCCACUUGUAAAAAGCACCAACAGGCCACUAAAAAGUUUGAUUUGUGGUCACUACCAAAGAUUCUCGUUGUACAUCUGAAGCGUUUCUCAUAUAAUAGGUACUGGAGAGAUAAACUUGACACUCUAGUAGAGUUUCCUAUAAGGGAUUUGAACAUGUCUGAGUUUGUCUACAAUCCCAAAGCUGGUCCUUGCAUCUAUGACCUGGUUGCAGUCACUAACCACUAUGGAGGAAUGGGAGGAGGCCAUUAUACUGCAUAUGCUAAAAAUAAAAUUGAUGGACAGUGGUAUUACUUUGAUGACAGUAGUGUAUCAGGGGCAUCUGAAGAUCAGAUUGUGACAAAAGCAGCUUAUGUUCUUUUCUACCAGCGUAGAGACUCCAAUAACCAUCACAACAGUUCACCUGCUUCUUUGAGUUCUCCUGAAGAGAAUGGUGAGAAUAGAAAAAAUGAAGAAGAUAGAAUGGAUACCAACUAAGAUGAAACUGCAUGAUUUGGCAACAAGAAAUUAGAUCUACUAUUUUUGGAUUGUGUUGCUCUACCAUCAGCACCAGCUGCCUUCAGGGUAGGGGACAAGAACCCUCUUGAUAACAGCAACUUUUUAAAAACAAAAUUGAUCAGAUCUGAAUGAAUGGGUGAGCAAAAAUAACAUGCUCUGUUUCAGAAUCUACUGAUUUCUGAUGGCAAUUAAUGGAUGUCACUGUAAAAUAAACUGCUUUGGAAAUUUUUAAGUGAGUUUUUUUCUCAUCAGCUAUUUAAGAUAAGGAUUUUGGUUCGGUUUAUUUUUGAAAAGGGUUGCAGUUUCUCUCCUUCCCAGAUUAAUUUUCUGUCCAAUUUGAAAUUUUAAGUUAUGUCACAAACCUUGCAUUGCCUGUAUUGUUUCCUCUUAUUGGUAAAAUGGUAUUUCUUUGCAUGAGUGACACCUUACAUCUUAACCUGGAAAUGUUGCAUUAUGAAUUUGUAGCAGAGCACUGGUUUAUUUGUGGUUUGGCUACUGUGACUCAAAUAAUAAAAUUUGUAAUAUUAUAUUGUAUUAUAGGCGGCACAGGAACAGAGGUUUCCAAACCCCAGGUGCGAUACUGAUCCAAACCAGCAUAACCUUGCUGGUAUGUAUUGUAAUGUAAAUUUCACAUCAGUUUCUUCUAGUCUUUUUGCUCAAACUGGCACUUUGUAAGUGGCUGGUUUUAAUACAUAUCUCUACAUAAAUAAAGACUGCUGAUUGGAGCUGUGA